CGCCUUCGCUUCAUCUCAAUCGAAAUCAAGCAAAUACAAUUUUCAGUUCUUAAGUCCUUCGCAUCAGCGACUCUCAUUUAAUCAUUCAAAAGAGAUGUCGAUCAUUCGCAGGAGCAACGUCUUCGACCCCUUCUCCUUCAACAUCUGGAACCCAUUCGAGGGCAUCAACACCAUCUUCGACAACGCCCUCACCGCUCCAGGCUCCAAUUACGCGAACGAGGUUUCGGCCUUCGCCAACACACGUAUCGACUGGAAGGAAACGCCGGAGGCUCACAUCUUCAAGGCCGAUCUUCCCGGCGUCAAGAAGGAGGAGGUUAAGGUCGAGGUCGUGGAAGGCGGAGUUCUCCAGAUAAGCGGCGAGCGGAAGAAGGAGCAGGAGGAGAAGAGCGAUCGCUGGCAUCGAGUCGAGCGCAGCAGCGGUAAGUUCCUCCGCCGAUUCCGAUUGCCGGAGAACGCGAAGGUGGAUCUGGUGAAGGCUUCAUUGGAGAAUGGUGUGCUUAAUAUCGUCGUGCCCAAGGAGGAGGUGAAGAAACCCGAGGUGAAGUCGAUUGAGAUUUCCGGAGAGGGGAAGUAGUGAAAGCUGGUAUGUGUCUCGACUCUCGAAUCGCCGCUGCUCGUUGCUUGCUUUGUUGUUGAUUUGGUCUGUUUGAUAAAGUUGUCCUAUGGGAAUCGGCAAAUCGUGGAAAGUGUGUACUGUUGUUUGUAUCCAAGCUGUUUUAAAAUAAAUUAGCGGUGUUGAUUAUCUAUGAAGUUAAAUUUCUGUAAUUUUGUCUGCCAGUAUUCAUAGUAAUGAGAUCCUUUUAAUAUGU